GCGGGCAGCGGGGAGGUGAGCGUGCGAGCGGCUGUGUGAGAUAGAGAGAGAUAGUGAUAUAUAGAAAGAGAGAGAGAGGGAGGGAGAGUGGGAGAGAGAGUUCUGGGUCUUUGCGCGCACAAAUGGAGAGCGAAGCAGCAGAAGACACCGCUGAUCUGCGCAUUUAGUCGCGUCUGAACCGCCACCCAAAAUCAUUUUCCCGUGACACGUUGGUGCCUUGGCUUAGAAAUGUAAAGUCAAGAAAUGGCAGAGAGUGGAAAAAAUGGGGAAAGAGGAAGAGACGACAAAGGAAGAGGAGGUGGCCGACCUCUCGAGGACCCAUGCAAUCUCUCCCCGGUAGGAGCCACCUCUCUUGGAACAAAGAGGCAUCUCCCCCGAGGGAUUGUGAUCCAGCUGACGGGGACAGAGGGAGAGUGGGACAGCGCAGAUGACAGUGAGCUCAUCUUCUCCCUUGACCAUGAUGAGGAAUACCCCUCUAUAUCACUCUCCAAGGAGAGGAGGCUCUCUGUUGAGCACGAUGGAGGAUCGCUGUCACAAGCUUUCCACGUCCCUCUAUCUCCUUCUUCCCCUGAAUCGCUGGGUAGCUGCUCCGCUGCAGGCCCUAGCCUCCUCACCCCUGGCCCCUCCUCACCAAGCCAUCGACCCCUGGCCAGCCUGGUGAAGUCUCUCUCUACAGAGCUGGAAUUUAAAGAGGGUUCCACUCUCAGACCCAAGCCCUUCCUCAGCCUCGUGAAGUCGAUCUCCACGGAGAUUUCUCGCUCAGAACCCGAGGUGUCGCAGUCAAAGUCGGACUCCCGUCUUAAUAUCCACCUGUGGAAGCAGCUGACCCAGCCUAAACAAGCUAAAUCCCGCAGCAAUGGCGACUCUCGCACUGCUCCCCCAUCCCCUAGCUCACUCUCCCCAAGUGCAGAGGGUCUGAAAGGGGGUUUCUUCAAAAUGGAGCUGGAAGACACCAAGAGGAAGCUGUCGGAGGCUGUGCAUGAACCUCUGAGCAGCAUGUUCAAUAAGAUCAUGAGAGAGGAAAGCGUAGGCAGCCCCAAGCACCAGUGUAAGACCCAGGGGGCUCACCAGAUGAGCUCCAAAGGUUUGUUACGGGACAGUAGCACAGACACUGUCCUUUCAGAGUCUCCUGGUAGAACCGCUAGAAAAACAGAUGCGGAAGUUUUCUCUGUGUUUGAGUGGCCUUCUGUGAGACAUCUUGGGAGAACUCAGCGAGGCCCCUGUCCCGUGCAUCACCACAGACAGCAUCAGAAGGAGGAGGAGCUGGAAAUAUGUACAGAUGGUGAUAUGAUGCAAGUUUUUGCCAUUGAGACUGACAGACACAUGAGAAGGUCGCUUAGUUCUCAGGCCUUAGCAGCGACCCCGGGCAAGACCUCCAGCGUCCCUCAGCCCCCUCGCCCCCUGCCACGAAUGAGUUUAUUUUGUGUGGCGGUGCUGUCUUAUGGCUACUUCAUCCUACCUCUCAGUCCAUACUUCUCUGGCCUGGCUCUGGGACUGGCCCUGGGCUUCUUGCUGGGGUUAUUGCUCAUUAGGAUGGGUUCCUCCAGGUCUAGCUGCAGACCCACACAGGUUCAGGUGGGGAAAGAAGAAGGGAUUCUGGCAGGUUGCACUCUCAGCGCUGAGCCCGACGCCCCCAAGGGCUGGAUGAAUGAAAUACAUGAUUAUGACCCAGAAACAUGCCAUCCAGCUCUGACUCACUCCGUGUUUGCCACCCUGGAGGGCUCCUGUCUCCGCCUGGACUCCCCACGCACCAACAUCAGCCGCAGGGCCACGUUUGAUGAGAGAGUGCACGAAGCCACCUUUGUCAAGUCACGUUGCUUUCAGCUCGCAAAAAGCAAGGUAUUCCUGCUGCCGUCAGGGCUGGCGCGGAAGAGGGUGUGGAACCCAAAAUAUCCCAUCUGCAUCCAGCUAGCCGGGGGAGCAAAAUCCCAGGAAGAUGACGGAAGAAAGUCAGAGGACACCAGGGGAGAAGAACGAGGAGUUGAACAAACAAGUCCAAAGCAAAAUUCCUCCAAACAAACCCAAGACCUGGACAAAACGCUUUACCUCUUCGGCCGCACGGGAAGGGAAAAGGAAGAGUGGUUUCGCCAUUUCUUGUUUGCAUCCAGGGACACGGAGGGGGAGAAGGAGGGGGACGGACCAAAGCCUGGCAGAUGUGCGUCCAAAUCGGCUGACCCGGCACAGACUGCUACUGCACAAGUUAAUCUCCCAAGCAGCAGAGGCUGCAGCAGAGUGGGCAGCAGUGAUGAUGAAGCCCCCACCACGCCUCCAGUCUCUUGCAUCCCUGCUCCAUCCGCCAGCACCAGGGGCCUUUCAGUUCUCGACUACCCCAGCUACAUGGCCCGUCUCCUGGCUGCAGAGGAGUCGACCCCCCUCUCCAGCCCUGGGGCCAGCAGUGCAGAGGCCAGCCCCACCACCAGAGGAAACUGUAUCUGUGAUCUAGUGGAGUGUCCUGGGAAGAGCCAGACAGCAUGGGCUAACGCGCUAAUUGGUCGAAUCUUCUGGGAUUUCCUGCGCGAGAAGCACUGGGCUGACGCCGUCUCCCACAAAAUUCAAAAGAAGCUUAGCAAAAUCAGAUUGCCUUACUUCAUGAAUGAACUGACUCUCACUGAGCUGGACAUGGGCUGCUCUAUGCCGCAAAUCACUGCUACCUCCAGACCGGAGGUCAACCACAGAGGUCUGUGGCUGGAGCUGCAGAUGGUCUACACCGGCAACCUGCAGAUGACCCUGCAGACAAAGUUCAACCUGUCCAAGCUGGGGAAAGAGGGCGGUCAGGAUACGACGCAGUAUAUGACAGAAACUGGCAGCCCACGCUGCAGGCCCAUUCUCAGUGUACUGGCAGACAGUGAUGAAGAGUCCUCCAGUGCUGGUUCAUCUGAUGAAGACGAACUUUUUCUCUCCGAACCUCAAGGUCCUAUUGGGGAAAAGGGAUCCACCCCAUUAACCGAAGGGACAGGGGGCGGAAAGACUGGAAGGAAGAUUUUGAGAUUUGUCGACAAAAUCGCUAAAUCCAAGUACUUCCAGAAGGCGACGGAGAAUGAGUUCAUUAAGAAGAAGUUUGAGGAGAUGUCCAACACGCCCCUUCUGCUCACUGUGGAGGUUCGAGAGUUGUCAGGGACUGUGGUCGUCAACAUCCCACCGCCCCCUACGGACAGGAUAUGGUACAGUUUCUGUGUGCCACCCAGGCUGGAUCUGCAUGUCCGUCCCAAACUGGGGGAGCGGGAGGUGACUUUCUGCCAUGUGACUGAGUGGAUUGAAAAGAAACUACAAGAUGAGUUUCAGAAAGUGUUUGUGCUGCCAAACAUGGAUGACAUCUACUUACCCCUGAUGCACUCUGCCGUGGACAAUAAUCUUGCCUCCGAGUCCCAACAGUCCCACAACUCGUCCACAGAGUCCAUAGAGAAGAUCCCACCUGAGAUCUCUGGGGCAGAAUCUGACUAGUGCCUCACUGCUGAAGUAACUAAAUUUGCCUCUACAGACUUCCUCUUAAAAAGACUUGCUAACCCCCAUGUUCAUGUCUGAACUAGGAGUUUCAGAAAGUCAGAUGGGGAGUUUGGAAAUUGUUUGUAUCAUCUAAAAGAGUAGCUCAGAACAACGUCACGAUUUAGUAUAGUCAGAGUGAAUGCUAUGAAAUGACUUAAAGUGAAACCUUUUGCAAAUGUUUACAUGUGAUGGAUCCCUAUAAGAUUGUAUAUAUAGUAUAUUUAUUUACUUUGAUGUUUACAACUCAAUGUCACUUUGCGUAAUAAGAGGGGAUAUGAUUAAUAAAAGUUAAUAAAAACUAUUUGUCAUAUUUAUUAGAUACCAAAAAAAAUCAUAUUAUCUGAUA